AGCGGACUGCGGCGCUGCAGCCUCCCGAGGGCCAGCCUCGCCGAGCCCGGGACUGGGUCUGAGCGGUGGCGAGGCGGCAGCCCCGCGCACACCAAAGAGGAGGCGGCUGUGGCGGCAGCGGCGGCCCCAGCCAUGCUGUGCUAUGUGACGAGGCCGGACGCGGUGCUGAUGGAGGUGGAGGUGGAGGCGAAAGCCAACGGCGAGGACUGCCUCAACCAGGUGUGCAGGCGGUUGGGGAUUAUAGAAGUUGAUUAUUUUGGACUGCAAUUUACGGGUAGCAAAGGUGAAAGUUUAUGGCUAAAUCUGAGAAAUCGGAUCUCCCAGCAGAUGGAUGGGCUAGCCCCUUACCGGCUUAAACUGAGAGUCAAGUUCUUCGUGGAGCCUCAUCUCAUCUUACAGGAGCAGACUAGGCAUAUCUUCUUCUUGCACAUCAAGGAGACCCUCCUGGCCGGCCACCUCCAGUGCUCCCCGGAGCAGGCAGUGGAACUCAGCGCCCUCCUGGCCCAGACCAAGUUUGGAGACUACAAUCAGAACACGGCCAAGUACAGCUACGAGGAACUGUGUGCGAAGGAGCUCUCCAGCGCCACCUUGAACAGCAUUGUUGCGAAGCAUAAAGAGUUGGAGGGGACCAGCCAGGCUUCGGCCGAAUACCAGGUGUUGCAGAUCGUGUCAGCAAUGGAAAACUAUGGCAUCGAGUGGCAUUCCGUGAGGGACAGCGAGGGCCAAAAGCUCCUCAUUGGGGUUGGACCUGAAGGAAUCUCAAUUUGCAAAGACGACUUCUGCCCAAUUAAUAGGAUCGCUUACCCUGUGGUGCAGAUGGCCACCCAGUCGGGAAAGAACGUGUACUUGACCGUCACCAAGGAGUCUGGGAACAGCGUGGUGCUCUUGUUCAAGAUGAUCAGCACCAGGGCGGCCAGCGGGCUCUACCGAGCAAUAACGGAGACCCACGCUUUCUACAGGUGUGACACGGUGACCAGUGCCGUCAUGAUGCAGUACAGCCGAGACCUGAAGGGCCACUUGGCCUCUCUGUUUCUGAAUGAAAAUAUUAACCUUGGCAAGAAGUACGUCUUCGAUAUUAAAAGAACGUCAAAGGAGGUGUAUGACCACGCCAGGAGGGCUCUGUACAAUGCCGGCGUUGUGGACCUCGUGUCGAGAAGCGAGCACAGCCCUCCCAGCUCCCCACUUAAGUCCUCGGAAAGCAGCCUGACCUGCGCCAGCUGUGAGGGCCUCAGCUGCCAGCAGACCAGGGCACUCCAGGAGAAGCUGCGCAAGCUGAAGGAGGCCAUGCUGUGCAUGGUGUGCUGUGAGGAGGAGAUCAACUCGGCCUUCUGCCCCUGCGGCCACACCGUGUGCUGUGAAGGCUGCGCCGCCCAGCUGCAGUCGUGUCCAGUCUGCAGGUCGCGGGUGGAGCACGUGCAGCACGUCUAUCUGCCCACCCACACCAGUCUGCUCAACCUGACCGUGAUCUGACGGGUUGUGCCCUUCACGGGACGUGCCACGUUUCCACGGACCGCACUGCUUCUUAAAUACACAAAUGAUGGAUCGUGGAGAAAACAAAAAGCCCGACACGCCCAUCUGCCAUGCAACAUUUAAAAAAGGAAGAAAAGGACAAAUAGAGUUUUCCUCCCCGCCAAAACAUACCACGUGUAGAGUCCGCGCUGGCGGUGGUGGGGCCGGGAAGAGUUCUGGACACAGACACGUUCCCUGGACUCACUCUUCUCAUGAUCCAGUUAGAGGAAUAAGUAGGAUCUGUGAUGUCCGUUAAGUGGCAGCAGAGCCAAAAAGUGGGUACCUUUUAGGAAAGGAUAUUGUGAAGUCUCCUGAUGUGUCCCGAGGUAAGUUUCCUACGUGGCAGCAAAUUUUGUAAGAAUUCGUUUUAAGAAUUUACUUGGUUCUUUUUGUAUGGUCGUGGAGCUCUGAACAUUUUAAUAGGAAACUUUUCUUAAAGAAACUGUCAUUUUAAUGUCAUUUCUGUUUUUGUAACUUGCUCAAGAACGACUGGAAGGCAAACAGAUGUCAAAGAGUCCAUUCUGUGACUUUCAAAACGUUGACAGCCAGGUUGUCAGACAUAAACCGGUCUGGCUAGUGGAAGACAGAGAACUCAGUAUGCAUGGCUUCCUUUCCCCCCUCCCUGCCCUCUUUCCCCCAAGUCUUUCGAUUAUAAAAUGCUACCAGUCUGGUUAUAAGAUUUCUGUGGAGCAGUCCGCACUCCUUGGGCUCUUGAGUUGGUGGGAUAUUUUUUUGAAGUUGAAAAGGGGACACAUGUUCCUCGGGAAGCAGAGCAUUGCCUGCAGAGAUGAAGCCUCACGAUGUAGAACCCGGGGGGG